AAGGGUUUGGGGUAAUUUGGAUCCUCCGGCUUCCGUAGGAGCCCUUUUUGCAGCUUCUGGCUCCUCCCCUAGCAACGGUUUAGCUUGUUAGCAACCUGCAAGCCUGAAAGCUGCACGGUGUGCGGGUGGACCGCAGGGGCGGGAUGCGAGUGGCGUCGCGGCAGCCGAGGCCACGGGCGGACCCCCGGGACCUUUCGCGACUCUAGCCGCUCUUAGGCGGCUUUCACUUUUCGGUAGCGGAUCCUUUUUCUGUCUCGCGGCUGCGGGCACAGUGUAGGAAGGAAGGAGACGUACCCAUUCCUCGCUCCACAGCCACGGCCAUGUCCAGAGCGGAGGCCGCGGAGCCGGCCGAGGCCCCGGAGCCCAGCAGCAGGAUCAAGUUCAGCAGCCCUCGCCAAAUCCCGAUAGUCGGAGUGGUGACGGAGGAUGAGGAAGUGCAGGGUGCCUUCAAGUCUAUGGACCUAAAUCGUGUCAUCAAACUCUUCGAAGAGACUGGUAAAGAUGAUUUGGAAGAAAGACAACUUAAAUCUGUCAAGAAAUUGGUGCAGUGUUAUCAAAAUGGAUUUCCCUUAAGGGAUUUAGCACAGAUAUUUAAAAUUCUGAAUCUGUGUGCAGAAAAAAUUAAAACACAGCCCCAUUUUAUAGAACCUGCAUAUAAUAUCAUAAAAUUAUGUGGCUUGCCAUUUUUGAAAAAGAAAGCAUCAGAUGAAAUAACAUAUGCUGAAGAUACUGCUAAUUCAAUUGGACUUUUGGGUGACUUAAUGAAAAUACAAAAUUCUGAAUUGAGGAUCCAAAUUUGUAAGUGUAUUAUUGACUUUUAUCAUGCAGAACCACCAAAAAAGCAUAUUACAGGUUACCAGCAGGCUAGUUCCUCAUAUAAGAUUAAAAUGGCUGAAGUUGGAGGACUGGCAAAAACAAUGAUCCAGUCGUUGGAGUUGCUUGAAAAUCAACUUGUUGAGAAACUUUGGGUACUUAAAGCUCUGCAACAUCUCUCAACUUCUGAAGUUAAUUGUACUUUAAUGGUGAAAGCACAAGCAGCCAGUGGAAUCUGUGCUCACCUCAAUGACCCAGAUCCCUCUGGACAACUUUUAUUUCGUUCAUCUGAAAUACUUUGGAACUUACUGGAAAAAUCUUCAAAAGAAGAAAUCAUACAACAGCUUAGUAACUUGAAAUGUUUGCUGGCUUUGAAGGAAGUAUUUAAAAAUCUGUUUAUAAGAGGCGUUAGUCAUUAUGAUCGUCAGCUUAGAAACGACAUAUUAGUGAUCACAACAAUUAUAUCUCAAAAUCCUGGGGCACCAAUGAUUGAGUCUGGCUUUACCAGGGAUUUGAUAUUAUUUGCAACAUUUAAUGAAGUUAAAAGUCAAAAUCCUUUGGUAAAAGGUCUUAAGCUUUCUAAUUCCUAUGAAGAUUUUGAGUUGAAGAAAUUGCUGUUUAAUAUAAUUGUGAUCUUAUGUAAAGAUUUAUCUACUAUACAGCUAUUAAUUGAUGGCAAAGUUAUUUUGGCUUUGUUUACCUAUGUUAAAAGGCCUGAGAAACACAAAAUACUUGAAUGGUCUGCAGCACAGUAUGAAGAACUACAGCUGCACGCAAUUGCCACUUUGUCAUCAGUGGCUCCUUUUUUAAUAGACGAGUACAUGUUCUAUAAGGGAAACGCUCAAGUCCUUGAAUUUCUAGUAUGGUGUGAUAACGAAGAUUCCUUCUUUACUCAUGGUAACAGUUUUCAUGGUGCAGGUGGCCGUGGCAACAAGUUUGCCCAGAUGCGUUACAGUUUAAGACUCUUGAGAGCCAUGGUCUACCUUGAGAAUGAUACUAUAAACAAGGAUCUGUGUGAAAACGGAGCAAUUCAGCAACUAAUAGGAAUCUUUAAAAAUACAAUAAGCAAGUAUAAUGAUAAGGAAGAGGCCAUCCUUCUGGAAAUUCAGUCUGAUAUUUUACUUAUUUUGUCUGGUCUUUGUGAAUAUCAUAUUCCUGGGAAGGAAAUUUUUGGAACUGGAGGAGUGGAUAUAAUUCUUCAUGUAAUGAAAACAGACCCCAAGAAGUUACAGAGUGGAUUAGGCUAUAAUGUACUUCUUUAUAGUACAUUGGACAGCAUUUGGUGCUGCAUUUUGGGAUGUUACCCCUCAGAGGAUUACUUUCUUGAAAAAGAAGGCAUUUUUCUCCUUUUGGAUUUAUUGGCAUUAAACCAAAAAAAAUUCUGCAAUCUAAUACUUGGAAUAAUGGUUGAAUUCUGUGAUAAUCCCAAAACUGCGGCUCAUGUCAAUGCUUGGCGAGGGAAGAAGGACCAGACAGCUGCUAGUCUUUUAAUUAAAUUGUGGAGAAAGGAAGAAAAAGAACUAGGAGUAAAACGUGAUAAAUAUGGGAGGAUUGUUGAUACAAAGAAACCUCUAUUUACUAGUUUUCAAGAAGAGCAAAAAAUCAUACCACUGCCUGCUAACUGCCCAACUAUUGCAGUUAUGGAUGUUGCUGAGAAUAUCAGAGCAAAAAUUUAUGCUGUGUUGGGCAAACUAGAUUUUGAAAAUUUACCUGGCUUAUCUGCUGAAGAUUUUGUCACUCUAUGUAUCAUACAUAGAUAUCUUGAUUUUAAAAUUGGAGAAAUAUGGAAUGAAAUAUAUGAAGAAAUAAAAUUAGAAAAGCUAAGACCAGUCAGCACAGACAAAAAAAUUUUGGAAUCUAUUACAGCAGCAUCAGAAAAUAUUGGAAAGAUGGUUGUUUCUCUGCAAAGUGAGAUGAUUGAAAGCCAAGCACGCCAAGAUGUGCAAAAUGAACAAAAAGUAUAUACAAAAAUACAAGCCACACACAAGCAAAGAGAAUUGGCUAAUAAAUCAUGGGAAACUUUCUUGGCCAGAACAUCAAAUGCUAAAACUUUAAAGAAAGCAAAAAGACUUCAAGAGAAAGCUAUAGAAUCCUCUAGAUAUGGUGAAAGACCACCAAAUGCAGUAUUUCACAGAACAGAUAUUAAAGGCCUUAACGCAACAGUGCCCUCUGGUGGGGUAGUAACAGUGGAAAGCACUCCUGCCCGAUUAGUGGGAGGACCUCUGGCUGAUACAGAUAUUGCUCUUAAGAAACUGCCUAUUCGAGGAGGAGCCUUACAGAAGACCUCCCCUCAAAAGGAUAUUAGAGUAACAACUUUACCAACAUUCUGUUAAAGUCUUCAGGAGUCACUGAAAUCCAACACAUGUUUAUGAAGUUGUGAUGAGAUUCAUUUCAUCAAAGAUCUUUGAAGCAUGUGCUCCAACCUUUCCCAUUUACAGGUUAGAAAAUUUCUCUUGAUAUGGUUCAGCAAGUUCUUAGCUCUUCUGUCUCCCUAUCCAAAACUCUUACCACCAUACCUUUCAAUCAAGAGGAUCAAAACGCAGCCCAUUUUAUGUGUAACCAUAAGAAAAAGAGUGUGUGGUGUUUCGCUGGCGUUUUCCAAUCGAUCAAGUGUUGAAUGCUCAAGCACCAUUUUAGGUUUCAAAGUUACUGAUGAACUUUGAAUAUUCAUUAAAAAAUAUGUGUUAUGAACUGAUAUCUAGUGGAUCCCUGCCUUUUCUCAAGUUGUUCAGGAGUAUGAAGACAAUAAAGAUGAUAGAAGCUAAUAUGACAUGGUGCAGCACAAAUGACAUUCAAGAAAUGUCAUUCAAGAAAUUCAAGAAAAAUCCUGAUAUUUUCUUAUGAUUCUGUGCACAAGCUUCUCUAAAAACUGACUGCUCAGUAAAUGGGCCUGAAGCCUAUAGAUGAAGUCAAGGUCUAAAUUCGCUUUGAAUGGCCAUACAGUUAACCAUUCCAGGCUGGCACUGGAAAUGUCCCUGACACAACCUUUACAACCAGGAGUGGAGUGUCCAGAACAGAUCCAGGAGAUGGGACUCACAUUCUUCCUUGUGUACCGCGGUCCUUCACUUCCCCUCCCUCCAGCACCCCGCCUCCCGGCCAAAAGAAAUAAAUAAAGUUAGGUGAAAGACAAAUCGAAGGAAACAAAUUUAAAUUUAGGUUAUUCAGGUCGUUUCACACUGUGGAAAAUUGUGCCGAUUUCCCAAACAGAGCUAACACGACUUCCCCCAAAUUGUGUAGAUUUCCCAAAUAGAGCUGACAGUAGCCAGUUUAUGACACAAAGGGACUGAGUGGGACCAGAGAAUUUUCUUCCCCUAGAAUUUCAGGUUAUACUUUCCCAACCAGUGCUCUCCUCCCGGAUCGGGUCACCUGCACGCAGAGACAGCCGGCGGGGAAUGGUACCUCUCGUAGGCGGCAGAGACAGACGUCCUGGUGUGAUGUCCUGCGUUUGUUCGCUGCGCUCCCUCAGGUACGAGGGUGGCUCCUGCCUGGGUGGGGGGAACAAGAGGUCUCAGAGGGGACUCCCAUCCCCUGCCCAGCCAAGCCCACCCCCUGCAGGCAGGUGACAGGCGAAAGCGGUGCUCUGCGACCUGCCGCGAGCGCUCACCGGGCACCCUGAACUCGCCCUGAGGAACCCUCUAGGCGGCACCGUGCUGCGGAGCCAAGCGGAUCAGGCUCCCUGAGAGCGGCGCUGCGGGACCUGCUGCGGCCGCUGGGGGCUCGGAAGUCAGCCCUGCAGACGGAACCACGCGCCUUUUCUAGAGACGGAGAGCCGGCAGAGAGUGGGUGGCUGCUCUCAAGGCCCCGCCCUCACCUUGCUCACCCCCGCAGCUCUGAGACCCAGAAAUAAUAACAAUGUGAAAAAGAGUAGUAAAGUCACAAGACCAUCUCACUAAAAUAUGAUAGGUGAAAAAUCCUAAACAAAAUAUUAUCAAACCAAAUUCAGGAGGAUCUAAGAAAAUACACAUCAGCAUCAAGCUGGGAUUAUCCUAAUUAAUGAAAGAUCAACACAUGAAAAUCGAUUAGUGGAUUCACCACAUAAACAAAUUGAAGAGAGAAACCAUUUGAUAAAAUUCAACACCCAUUCAAGAUUAAAACAAAAAACAAACGAAAGAUAUUCUUAGUAAACUUAGAAGGGAAUUUCCUUAAUCUCUUAAAUGAUUACGGUUGUCAACAAAUGUGUUAGGUAUAUUCUUUUCUACUAUCAAAUAAUGCAUGUUAAAACUUCUAGAACAGUGACAAAAUUAUAUAUUUCAAAUACAUAAAGACAAAGCUUAGUAACUAGUCACAUUGAUCUGCUGCUGCUAAGUCGCUUCAGUCAUGUCCAACUCUGUGCGACCCCAUAGAGGGCAGCCCACCAGGCUCCUCUGUCCCUGGGAUUCUCCAGGCAAGAAC